ACUCGUCUCCCCCUUCCCGUGCGCCUCUCCCGUUCUCCCUCUCCACUCAUCUGGCUCCUCCACUCCUCGAGCUCCAAACCUCGCGUAAACCCCAGCCCCCGGCGUGCAGAGGAGAGGGGGUCGCCUCCGCGGGAUGAAGACGAGGUCGCAGACGGCGCCGAAGCCCCUCAAGACGGUGGCGCUGGCGCCCAGGCCCGGCAGCCCCAAGCGGAGGCCGAGGCCGAAGCCGAAGCCGAAGCCGGCGGGGAAGGGCGACCCCCGCGCGCCCAAGAAGCCCCCCACCGCCUUCUUCUACUUCAUUGCCAUGUGUUUGUCCGCUGCCGUCGGAUGGACUCGCCAUUGUAGCUCACUAGGACCCAGUCCAAUCAGGGAGGAUUUUCGAAAGACUUAUCAGCAGGAAAAUCCAAGUGUAAAGUUAAUGCAGGAAAUAGGGAAGGCAUGUGGUGAAAAGUGGAAUACGAUGGCGUUUGAGGAAAAGGUGAAGUAUUAUGAUAUAGCCACCGAGAAACGAGCAGAAUUUGAGAAGGCGAUGAUUGAAUAUAACAAGAAAAAGCAAAGUGGAGAGUUGUCUGAGGAAUCCGAUUACGACUAGAGCUGAAGAUUCUGCUAUUCCAAUUUCAGAUGGUUCACCUCUACUACUUGAGUCAAUCUAUUGUAUAUUACAGAACUCAGAAUUGUGAUUUGUAAUGGAAUUUGUAGAUACCAGUAGGAGUCCUAAGUUCACGCACAAUUGUCUCAUCUGUAAUAGACUGGUCGUAUUUAACUGACACAGAGUCAUUGGUGAUUCUAGUCUGGACGAACUUUCUUACUGCUC